AUGUCUAACGGCACCACUAACGGUCACAGCAAUAGGCACAAUGCCUCUUCCAUCUCCAAUGCUACCAAGCUUCGUCAGAGGCUGGAAUCAAACGAGAUACUGGUCGCACCAGGUGUUUACGAAGGUUUCAGUGCACGCAUUGCACUUGAGGUGGGAUUCGAGUGCUUCUACAUGACCGGAGCUGGUACUGUCGCAUCCAAGCUUGGCCAGCCCGACCUUGGAUUCGCGUCUCUUAAUGAUAUGCGCGAACACGCCGAGAUGAUCGCAAACCUCGACAGAUCUGUUCCUUUGAUUGCUGACGCCGAUACCGGCUACGGUGGCCCCAAUAUGGUGGCUCGAACUGUCGCGCAAUACCACCGCUCUGGCGUUGCUGGCCUCCACAUUGAGGAUCAAAUUCAGACCAAGCGAUGCGGUCACCUCGGUGGCAAGGCCGUGGUCGAUGUCGAGACCUUUAAACAGCGCAUCGCUGCCGCUUAUAAUGCUCGCAAGGAACUUGGUUCUGAUAUCGCUGCUGUCAAGGCUGGCGCGGAUGUUGGCUUCCUCGAAGGUAUCACCACAGAGGAAGAGGCUCGAGAAGUAUGCCGGAUCAUGGCUCCUACGCCUAUGCUGCUGAACAUGGUGGAGCAUGGAGCGACUCCAUCGUGGACACCCGCUGAAGCUGCGGAUUUUGGGUUCAAACUUAUCAUCUUUCCUUUUGCGUCCAUCGGCCCGGCCUAUCAAGCUAUCAAGGAUGUAUUUACUCAGAUCAAGGAGACGGGAAGGACCGGGUUGGAUAAGAAGUUUACCCCCAAGAAGCUUUUCACUAUUGUGGGAUUGGAACAAGCGACGGCUGUGGAUAAUGCUGUUGGCAGCAGCCUCUAUAGCAAGGUCUAG